ACGAGCCGGGAGGAGGCGAGCUCGAGCGCCGCUCGCUCAAUCAGUCAGUCGGUGACUGACACCGCGCCAGACAGCAGCCCCGGGCUGAGUGAGGCUUGCUGUCAUGUACUCACGAUCAGAGGAGCAGGAGGGCUGGUGGAGACGGUUAAGUUGGAUUUGUGUCUGGAGUUUGCCUAAAGCUACAUAGAAUGUGAAUGGAAAAUGCUUCUGGAUGAAUCCUGGAGAAGACACAGUGACUCUAACUUCUUGAAAGGGCAUCUGUGGAAUAAGACUUUCAAAAUUGACUACGGCAAGCUUCUUGUGAUUUAGUGGAUAAUUGACUGCUUACAAAACUUCAGUUUGGAACUUUGUUUAUUUGUGCAUUUGCUUCUAAAGAUUGUUUGCAGAUGAGACACACUACAUUUAGAAAUGGACUGUCAAGACCUGCAGUGGAAGUAUACUGGCUGCUUCCUGCUUGGUUUUGCCCAAUAAGGGCAGGUUGAAGUUGGAAUUCCUAGCAUUGCUUGAAAAACAGUAUGCAGGAAGCUGGUUUUCAAGCCACAAAUGCUUUAAAAGAGUGCAAAUUCCACUGCACCAAUGGCAACUGUCUGAAAUUCAGAAAUUUGAUUUGCAACCAACUAAAUGACUGUGGGGAUAAUAGUGAAGAAGAAAACUGUCCGCUAGUAACUGAACACCCACCUCCAACAAUUUUUAACUCUGAACAAGAAUUUGUGAAGAUAAUCAUCAUUGUUGCAGUAAUGACUGUGAUGGUGGUUGUAAUCAUUUGCCUGCUAAACCAUUACAAACUUCUAACUCGGUCUUUCAUAAAUCGGCAGAGUCAAGCUAGACGGCAAGAGGAAGCAUUGCAUCCUGAAGGGUGCCUAUGCUCAUCAAACGGCAGCACAGUAUCUUGUCACAGUACUUCUGAGUUGAUGUAUUCUCCAAGAUCAAGAGACAGAUUUUCAGCCCCAUCUUUCAUACCGAGAGAGCGCUUUAGCCGCUUCCAACCUACGUAUCCUUAUGUGCAACAUGAAAUUGAUCUUCCUCCCACUAUUUCACUAUCAGAUGGAGAGGAGCCUCCUCCAUAUCAGGGACUGUGCACACUGCAACUUCGAGAUCCAGAACAGCAAAUGGAACUCAAUCGUGAGUCUGUCAGGGCACCGCCUAAUAGAACUAUCUUUGAUAGUGAUUUGAUUGACAUCUCUGUGUAUAAUGGAGGACCACGCCCGCCAAGCAGCAAUUCUGGCAUAAGUGCAACUAAUUACAGCAGCAACAGGAGGAUGGAAGGACCACCACCCACUUACAGUGAGGUUAUGGGUCACUACCCAGGAUCAGCAUUCUUCCAUCACCAGCACAAUAUACCAUCUCCACAGGGUGACAAUGGACUCCAAUUUCAGCAAAACAAUGAAGACAACACAAUCGUCUCAUUUCAAGGAAAAGAUUCACAUAUGGGAAAAAUGGUUUGACCAGCUCUGUGAGUGCUUUAACUGAAACGGGUGGAGCAUUGUGUGUCUGGACUUCAGUGACAUAGGUGUUCCUUUGUGGGAAUUGGUUGGUAAAACCAAACACAAAAUUCUGUUGUUUUCUUUAAGGGAGUGCAUGAUAUGUUAACCCUAACAAUUUACCUUCCACUUUGACAAAAUUGCAGUGUUUGGCAAACUGUUUUUUAUCUGGAUUAUUUAAUUUUAAAGAUACCUAAUAACCAAUUUCUUCUAUUGCCUUGUAGGUUGAUUUUUAGUAACUGAAUUGCCCAAACUGGAUGCUUAAAGCAUUUAUAUUAAGAAGUUUUUGACCAGUUUUGUGAUAUUAUCAAACAAAAAAUCUUAAAUUCUUUUUGAUUGAUGACAAAGGUGGAAGAACAAAACACAAUGAUUUAACUUGUUUGUGAAAGAUUGAA